AUGGCACCAUUUGUUUUCUCUCAAACUGAGAAAACAGUGACUCCAGAAGUUAUCGAAAUGAGUGGAGAUGCUUCUAGUGUUGUCAAUUUGCUUCAACAAGUACUCGAUGGAAGUCAGAAAGAAAACAUUAAUCAGCACUUUCGAGUUCGAACCGUCGAUGGGAACAUUAUCAUGGAAUCGGACGACUAUAAACAAGGAGUACUUGAACAAUUGAAGUGA